AUGUUGCUUAUGUCUUUUAUCAGCGCAGUUCAUGGCCGAAUUCUAAAAAUCAAUUCCUCUGAUGAUUUAAUCUCAGAUGGAAUUGAUCAUGUUGAUGACCAAUCUGUAGCUCUUACUGCAAAUGAUGUUCUCGUGUCCGCAAGCACUUGCCAGCACAAAUAUGGCUUCCUACCAUGUGCAGAAAAUGCUGGAGGAUACAUUUUCCAAAUACUGGUUUAUCAGGGUCUAUUAGUAUUUGGAGAAAUGCAGCUGAGCAUUGGGAGCAAGGUGUUCUUUAAAAUCCUUGAAAAAAAAUUUCACACAAGCAAGUAUGUUGGUAUCAUUUUCCGAAUCCUCAUGGGGUUACCAUCAAUGAUGAUGACGAUCAUAUCUGGAGUUUUCGGUAGCAAAGAAACAGCUCGGUCUCUGGUGUCACUUGGAGUGGGUAUCUUUGCUGGAGUCACUGUCUUUACUCUCACGCUGCAGUGGGGUAUAUGCCUGAUUUAUGGCGCCAAGAAUUUGCAAAAAAACGCGGAGUCUGAGGAUUCAGGAUCCACAGAAAAAUUCAAUGAAUUAAAAGAUACCGGUGUUACUCUUCAUGAGGCAACUCAUUGUCUAGCUGGGAUUAUGCUUCUUUCUUUGAUUCCUUACAUUAUUGUGCAACUAGUUGAUAUCUUCACUGCAUCCCGCACAAUGCUUUUGAUGGCGUGUGUAGUGUCCGCUGCAUCUUUACUUUCAUAUUUUAUCUAUCAGAUUAGGAAUCCCUGGAUGCAGAUAUUAAGUUCAGACUACUUGCAGUAUGAGUUUGUAACAAAAAUGCUUUUGUAUCAUUUGGAAAAGGAGGGAAAAAUUGUUGAUGAUGAUGGGAAUCUUAACCAUGAUCGCAUCAAAGAGGAAUUUGAUAAAGCAGAUAAAAAUGGAGACGGAAAUAUAACAGCAACUGAAUUGAAAGAGUUGUUGGAAAAAAUCGAGCCAGGGUUGUCCGACAAUGAUAUACAAUCAGCUGUUUUCAAGACAAUGGAAAAUUUUGAUCACGACAAGGACUGUAAAAUCGACCUACAUGAAUUCAACAAAGCAUGUGAAUUAUUAUAUAAAGAUGGUGAUUUCUUUUCAAGAGAAUUUUCUGAUGAGAUCUUUCAACAGUUUUGCCUGAUGGGAAAAGAUCGUAAACUGGGAAUUCAUCCAAUAAUGUCGAAAUUUCUAAUGCAUGCUCAAAGCGAACUACUAGACGGAGAAUCGCUUAUCACAGAUGGGAAGCCCAGCAUUGAGAGAAUUAACAAGCUCUUCAGACGAAUUAACAUUGACGGUAACGGCAAGAUAUCAAAAAAUGAAUUAGAGAAAACAAUCGAGACAAUCAAAUUCGGAAACAUGCAGCCGAAAUCUGAGGAUGUGGUAAAUACGAUUUUUUACCAUUUCGAUAUAAAACGUGAUAAUAAAAUUGAUGAAAAAGAAUUUGUCCGUGGACUAGAAAAAUGGCUUGAUAAAGCCAUUGAAGUUGCUAAAUGCCUUGACAAGACUAAAAGUGUGGAAGAAUUUGACAAGAGAGUAUGGGAGAAGCUCAUUCAUCUACGCACUUUCUGGAAUUUUGUAAAAUGUGUAUUUAGAAUAGUGUUGGGAGUUGUUAUAAUGACCAUCAUUGGAGGACCUCUCACGACUAGUAUCCUAGAGUUAUCAUAUGCCAUAGGGGUGCCUUCUUUCUCCAUCUCAUUUGUGAUAGUUCCAUUGGCAAUGAAUACAAGAACCUUAAUAGAAGCUAUCUUUCCAGUCAGUGAAAAGACUCAGAAAACGGCAUCUUUAACUUUCUCUGAGAUUUAUAGUAGCGUCGUAAUGAACAACAUCUCGAAUUUGACAAUUCUGUUAGCAAUUGUGUACGUGAAGGACUUGCCAUGGGAUUAUUCAGCAGAAUCGCUAACUAUUUUGGUUGUCUGUGCCGUAAUAGGGAUUUUGGGAUUCUCGACUAACGAAUAUCCUCUCUGGACAUGCUCAUUAGCGUUUUUCCUCUAUCCAUUCUCCUUGGUACUGUACUGUUGUGCUAAACUUGUUCUUCACUGGAAUUAG